AUGGCUCAUGGCCUUGUCGGUUGGAACAAGAACUUCGCCUUGAUGCCUUACGGUGAUUCCUGGAGGGAACAUCGAAAAGUGUUUCAUCGGCAAUUCCAGCCCAAUGCGAUAUGCAACUACCACGCAUACAUGUACAAACAAGCAAGGAACAUGCUAGGCCGUCUCAUCGCAGAGCCUGGCGCUCUCAUGCGACACCUCCGAUUCAUGGCAGGAGCAACGAUUCUUCGGGUCUCGUACGGCAUUAAUGCGCAGCCUGAGCAUGAUCAUUAUCUUGAGAUCAUGGAGGAGGCUGUCCACUCCCUGGUUGAGGUAGGGAAUACAGGGGCAUAUAUGGUGGACUUAAUACCAGCCCUGAGAUAUUUACCGAGCUGGAUGCCCGGUGCGCGAUUCAAACAAGAUGCGGCUAGGUGGAGUAAGCAAGUCGAUAAGAUGUUUGACGAGCCAUUUGAGGUGGUGAAGCAAGAUCUGGCGGAAGGAAACUCAACAAACUGCGUCUGCGCUUCGCUCCUGUCGGAGAUAGAUGACAGUGCAGACGAAAAGCGUCAAGAAACCGUGAUCAAGCACGCUGUCGGAACAGCAUACAUCGGAGGUGCUGAUACGACUGUCUCUUCUCUGGCAACUUUCGUCCUAGCGAUGAUGCAGUACCCACACGUGCAGCGCAUUGCUCAAGAAGAAAUAGAGCGCGUCACGGGAAGAUAUAAUAUCCCGGCUGGGUCCAUCGUGAUGGGUAAUGCAUGGGCGGUUCUGCACGACGAAGACAGGUACCCGAACCCGGAGUCCUUCGAGCCCGCACGCUUUCUUACCGCAGGCGGCGAUCUCGACAAGGACGCGCCAGACUCUUUGGAGGCCGGCUUCGGCUUCGGUCGGAGGAUAUGCGCAGGGAUGGAUUUCGCGCAGGACUCAAUGUGGAUCAACAUAGCCUAUAUGCUGGCCACGCUUGAUAUAGAGAAGCCUAUGGACGAAACGGGGAACGUCAUCGAGCCCAGUGGAGAGUACACAACCGGGUUGCUGGAACAACCUCUGCCGUUCAAAGUUAGCUUCAAACCUCGAUCCAAGGCUGCCGAGGCGUUGAUGUACGAAGCGGCGUUUUACGACUGA